GACUCGAUUAUUUACAGACCGCCGUCAUAUAGCUGGAAUAUUCCUGAGUGCGGUGUUAAACAACAAACAAACAAACAAAUUUGUACCAUUUGGAAACCCUGUAAAAUUAUUUCGCCAUUUCAGCAAAGAAACAUCACAUCAUAGGUAAGGCUUGUUCCAGCGACCGUGACUGUAACACCCACAUGGAGGGGACAGGAUGCUACAGUGGGACAUGCUACUGUCGUCCACGCCUGCUGUACUCACCAUCGACCGGGGCAUGUACGCUAUGUACAACCUUUGGCACAACCUUCAGUGUGUAUCCAAAUCAUGGUGUCAAGUCCAAUAAUGACGAGAGAUUCUACAACGUUGACAGUGUUGAAGAGUGCCAGAAGAUAUGCCUUGAGGUGAAGGGGAACACUUGCAGGUCUGCUGAAUACACGAAACAAAAGACGGUAACGUACAUGUUUCUAAAGCGGCAAAAGCCAUGUUAUAUUUCGUUUGCAUCUAUGGAGGAUAUGAGAAAGGGCGACCUUAUCGGCGCCGACAACGGGUGGACUCUGAGUCUGCGGGACUGUGAGUGACUGCGGAUGGACCAAUAGCCUGUGGGACUGUCGGUGACUGCGG